AUGAACCUUGUUCCGUGCUGCCACGCUACGGUUAAUACUACUUUAGAGGAAAAAAUUGAGCGUUUCUGGACGCUUGAGGAACUGCAAGAGGCAUCAAAGCUGACUGAGGAAGAAAAGGAUUGUGAAGAGCAAUUUCAAACCACACAUUUUCGUGACCCAACGGGGCGUUAUGUGGUGCAUCUGCCGAAGCGAAUGGGUUUUGAGCAGAUGAUCGGUGAAACGAAGGAUAUGGCGGUACGAAGACUUGUUCAACUAGAACGGCGGUUAAGCAAGGAUCCGGAACUACGCAGGCGAUACAAUGAAGCAAUGCAAGCUUAUUUGGAUCAAAAUCACAUGGGCAUCGUGCCGGCAGAGGAGCUGAAGCGCGAUAAACGGAUCGCUUUCUACUUACCUCACCACCCCGUCUUUAAAGAGGCAAGCGCGACUACUAAGAUUCGGCCAGUUUUUGACGGUUCAACUAAGUCGUCAUCCAAUUACUCUCUGAACGAUGCGCUCUUGAUAAGUCCGGUAAUCCAGGACCCUCUAUUUGAUCUGCUUCUACGAUUUCGCAAGCAUUUGGUUGCUCUCGUUGCUGAUAUUGAGAAGAUGUUCCUACAGGUGAUGGUACACCCAGACGAUACUCCCUUACUCUGGAUUCUAUGGAGAUUCUCGCCUUCGGAACCAAUUUCAACCUACGAGAUGACUAGGGUUACCUUUGGGUUAGCCCCAUCAUCGUUCCUUGCUACGCGAUAUUUGCAGCAGCUGGCAUAUGACGAAGGUGAUCACUACCCACGGGCGAAGGUGGCGCUUGUUCGUGACUUUUAUAUCGAUGACUACAUCGGAGGAGCAGACUCUGAAGAAGAGGCUAUUUUGCUGCGGCAAGAAUUGAAACAACUGUUAUCAAAGGGUGGUUUCAGACUGCGAAAAUGGGUAUCAAGCUCGAAGAACUUGUUAGCAGGAUUGGCUGCUGAUGAAUUGGGAACGUCAUCUACACUUAGCUUCGAUCAAGAGCUUGUUAAAACGUUGGGAGUCAACUGGCAACCAGGGCCAGAUUUGUUAAGCAUCGACGCGUCGGGUCUCACAGUAAACGGACAGUGGACUAGGCGUAAGGUAUAUUCCGUUAUCGCGCAAUUAUUCGAUCCUACCGGCAUUACAGCACCUGUUAUUGCAUGGGCCAAGAUUCGUAUGCAGCUACUGUGGGUGGCUACUCAAGGUUGGGAUGAUCCGUUAUCGGCGGACUUGGAGAAACAGUGGGCAGAUUUCUGUCAGCAGCUGCCACUACUUUCCAACAUCAAGGUGGAUCGAUACGCGUUUACCGAGAAUCCAAUGCUGAUACAGUUCCAUACAUUUUCGGAUGCAUCCGAAGCCGCUUAUGGUGCAUUUAUUUAUGCUCGCUCAAUUAGUCAGUUUGGGCAGAUCAAGGUCGAGUUGGUAGCAGCAAAAUCUCGUCCCGCAAGUCUGAAGAAGGCUACGCUUGCAAGCUCCCAAAGCCUCGUACAACUCCCACUCGUGUAUUCGCUGUCACCGGAGUCGACUAUUGUGGUCCGGUCUACCUGCCGACAUUCGGAUAACGGCCUCAACUUCCAAGGUGCUAGCAACCAUCUUCGAGAGCUCUACGAUUUGCUGAAUGAUCCAUCUACGACGGCUGAGAUCGCCAAUGAAAUUUUCCAGCGUGGCAUCGUGUGGAAGUUCAUCCCGCCGCGUGCGCCUAACUUCGGUGGCCUCUGGGAGGCUGCUGUGAACUCUGCAAAGAUGUCACUCAUUCGCGUUAUUGGUCAACGACAACUUUCAUUCGAGGACAUGACAACAAUUCUCACCCAGGUCGAAGCGGUUAUGAACUCGCGCCCACUUACUCCAUUGUCAGAGGAUCCAGACGAGCUGGACGUGCUCACUCCCGGGCAUUUUCUCACGGGUGCCUCUCUUCUGACAAUACCUGAACCGGAUUAUGCAGGUGUCCCCACAAAUCGACUGCAGCACUACCAACAGUACCUUUAG